GGAGAAACGCAAUCUUAUGGCUCCAGUCACGGUGGCGUCCUUUGCUCGGCCAUUACGGUACCGGUCUUUGUUUAGUUUGUGAUCACAAUUUUGUCCUUCAUUAAAUUUUAUACGACAAUUAAUUGAUCAAUAUUCCGCUUACGUGCAGUGUCUGUGAUCAGGAUUAUGUGAAAUAAUAAAUAUGUGACUGUCAAGGACUGGAUUUAUCAAAUUGCUGGAGUUACUUCCCGAAUUCGCUCGUUUUUUUUUUCAACGUUUCAAUGAUCAGUAGGUAAAGCUUCCUUCAGAGCAACAGAGUUCAACACUUGACUUCGACAUUCACAGGAGCAAUUUCUAGUAAAGGAAAAGCUCGAGGAAAAGCUCUCAAUUGAAAAAACCAAUCUAAGCUAAUUUGUGAUCAGAGAAUUGCGAAAUGUUCAACCGACAAAGUGAUCUUGUGCACCUCCUCCCCGCUGUGUCACAAGAAGGUACAGAGGAAGCAAGGAAGGACCUUCAGAAAAAAAAGAAAGACAUCAAGAAUAUCGUGAAUCCGAGAUCCUCAAGAGUGAAGAGGAAAGCAGCAGAGAUCGCUGCGAAGAGGAUCUUGAAUACUGCGAAUCUGGCCGAGGCCUCGACACCUCUUCAGAAGAAGAAAAAAAUUGCUGUCAAGGUCAAGGAUUGCACAGGUGGACCCCCGGUGAGGAAGACAGUUCGCAGCAGACUGAAGACCUUGUGGAUCGAGGGGCUAAACCUCAAUGAGAAGGCCCUCUGUGGGAGGUCUCCCUGUGACUUCUCCUCACCCACAUUCGAGGAUAUCUGUGAGCAUCACAGCACUUGUACCCUCGCCUCGAGGUCGAAGUUCAUCUGCAGGUUCUGUCAGUGGUCGUGUGAGAAGAAGGACGAGAUCGUGGGGCACAUGAAGAAGGCCCACUCAAGAGAAGGGAACGAAAAUAAUUGUAAUUAUACCAAUGAGAUGAAAAUGGAGGAGAUGGGGGUGAAAAAGAGGGGAAGAAAUGGGAGGUCAGGAUGGAGGUCGUCCCCUGGGUCGAAGGCCACUUUUCUGCGAAAUUCCAUGCACAUCAAGACUUCUCCGAACGAUAUGACGUUUGGACCAGCUUUGCAGUGGACUAUCCAGUUCCAGACGAAAUAUUAUAGGCUGAGGUUGUUCGAGGAGCUCCAGGUAAAUGACUUUGAGGAUGUAGAAGCUGCUGAAGAGUAUCUUCCGGGUCUGAAGGUGUCCAUGGCAACGACUGUCUUGGGACCAGCAGAGGAACAGGUCAGGGAUGACGACUGGAGAAGGUGGAACAGGUUCGAAGCUGAUGUCGUCGGAGGGGUUCCGACUUUAUUCACUGGGGGACCUAUCUGGGGACUCGCGUGGAUGCCUAUCCCCUCGACGAUGCAUAAUGUAGAACCUGAGCAGUUCGUGGCUGUCAGCACUCAUAAGGGAAUGGAGGACUAUUUCGAGGUGGGGAGGAGCUACUGCGGGAAAAAUUCCAUUCAAAUUUGGAAUCUGGGGGUCCUGGGGCACAAUUCUGCUCAGCUGAGGACUCCUGAAUUGUGUUAUGUGGUGGGGCACGAAGGAGGGACCAUCUGGUGCCUGGAGUGGUGCCCAUCUGGAGGGUAUGAGCACGAUGGAGAAAGAAUGGGACUGCUCGCUGCUGCCAUGUCCUCGGGAGUGGUUCAUAUUUAUUCGAUGCCAUUUCCGGGGGUAAUGGGACGUGGCAAGGUGUUCAGGAUGAAUCCUGUCAUGGUUCUUCAUGUUCAUGAUCGAUCAGGGACUGCGUCGCAAUGCAUGACCCUCACCUGGUCAAAGACAUCAAACCACGAUACGAUAGCCACCGGUUUCGCCGACGGAUACGUCGCCCUGUGGAAUUUAACGACGAAAUCUCCUCUCCUACGGACUGAGGAAUCAUCGAUAAUCCACUUGCAGCCAUUUAUGCAUUUCUUCGCUCACCAUCACGCCGUGAUGUUCGUCACAGUCGUACCACUGAAGGAGACGAGGUACCUGGUGACCGCCGGCAUGGACAGGUACGCGAAGAUCUGGGACCUGGAGGACACGAGGCUGCCCUUCUGGAUCUUCAAAAAGGGAGUCGCAGUCAAUGGUACUUGGAUGACUCACUGGCCCACAAUUUUCACGUCCUACGAUGAUGUCUUGGGGAUGAGCCGCACUAUGACCUACAUUGCGUCCGUGAGGGAGUCGGCGUCGAGGUUUGUGUCGGUUCUAGGGACGAAUUCUCCAGUUUACGCGAUCGCCAGCUCUGAUUGGGCUAAUGGCAUCUGCCAGGGAACAGCGGCUGGGGAAGUCGUGGCCUGUUUCCCUCCGCAGUUGCUUUAUACUAAGGAGAUGAGCAGGAUCAUGGACACCAGGUGGCUCGUGUCCAAUAUCGAGGUGGUGGAUUUUCAGAAAAAAAUCGUUGACGAAGGGAAGAAGAAAGAGUACGAGUACAGGCCUGAAACUUAUGAGGAGUGCCAGGAGAAGUUUGGAGUGGCCUUUCGUGAUGAUUUGGACAAUACCCGGAAUACUCGGGUGUCACGGAAUCAGAGGAAAGUGGGAUUGACUCCCAACACAAUGAAGAAGGUAGCGGUGGAGCAGUAUCCCUUUGCAGCUAUUAACAGGAUAUCGUGGAAUCCAAACAGUUGGAGCUACUUAUGGAUCGCUGUUGGGUACCGAAACGGAUUUAUCAGGAUUUUAAAUCUCAAAAAAAUGAAUGAAACGAGUAUUUCGAGUGACUUGCUCUCCACACAUGCUGCAGCUACGACAAACAAGGACAGAAUGAGACAAAAGGCAGACAGAACCAGAGACAGGGACAGAGGCAGAAAGAGGAGGGCUCUAAACCCUUCAGCAUUCAGCACACUCGAUCACACAACAGUUAUCAAAGGAACUCAUUUGAGCGGGUGAAUGGGUAGAAAGGAAGUCAAUCUCGGUGCGCGGAGAUAAGCGCUCCUUCCCCGUCUUCCGCCUUCUUCACCCACUAGGCAUGGGUACCCUGGUGCACAGCCUCUGAAGGUAGUGGUAGUCGUCGGGAUGCUUUCCCUUCACCUCCCUUCCCUUCCUCUUUUCUAUACCAACCACCUCUCCCUACGUCUUGCCAUUCGUUUUUCCAUUCCUUUAUCCAGCCUUCCUCCGUACCACUCUUAUUCACAUGUCAAUACCUCAGCUCGCCUCACUGUGCACAAUCUAUACCUCAGGAGACUUCUUCCAAUGGCAAGUUCACUACCGGUUCUUUUUUUUUUCUUCUAUGAAAAUUUUUCCUUGCAAUUUCUUCAUGUAUUUUCAUAUAUUGAAGAAACUCGAGUAAAUCCCACGGAUUUCCACAGCCUCUCGGAUGACCUUGUCGUGUACAUAAUAGCGAAAAUUGUUGAUUUUUUUUUGUCACAAAAAUGGAUUUACUGAGAAAAAAAUUAUUGUUAACAAAAUUCAUUUACUUCAGAGAAGUAUUUAUUUUUUUAAUUCUUUAUCUCGGAAGUCGAGUCGCUCCUCGACAGUUUUAAUGGUGAUGAUUCAAGGUCAUGGACGAAAUGAUCAUCCUCUGGAGGAAUAUGAUUAUCAUAAUUUAGAGUAGACCGAAGAAAUAUAAUUUGGAAAAAAUAAAUACUUCUGUGAGGUAAAUGGAUAUUUGGCAAAAAUUACGUGGGGCUGAACAGUGUCAUAAAAAAAUUAAUUCUGACUUAACUGACAUGUUAAAAUAAUUUGUUUUUAGGAUUUCCAUGCAGACCUAUCAUUUCGAUCGAUUUUAUAUUUCCUCGAAAAUCUCCACACCCAUAAAACACCUCAUGCACCUUGAAAAAACCUCAUCACCCCCUUCGAUCAUAAAUUCAUAAUUACCGGGGGAGUAAUUUCACGUUUGCCACAUUUAUGAGGACAAGUGUAAAGUAAUUACAUGUAAAUAAAUGUAUGGGUCUGGAUAGUUUCAAGGUAAGAAUAUUCUUUAGUAGUCAUAGGUAAUAAGAGGGUAGGUUUGAGGGUAAUAAAAAUGGAGCAACGAAAAAAAAAAGUACGAUAAGAAGAAAGUGAAUCAGGCAGAUAUGGUGCGGGCAUCCCAAUCCCCACACUCCUUUCCCAUUCUACCCCAUAGAUGGUAUAAUUUUGCGAGCACGUCGCCAGCGGCCCGCAAAAGUUUUUCUUUAAUAUAUUCUUACAUGCGCCUUGCGGAUUAGAUUAAAAUGGUGAAUGCAUAAACCCCACCCACAAUCCAAAGUAACUAUGAGGGCCUCAGAGCAUCUCACCCCGUUGAAAAACCGCUUCUCCACUUUGCUCUCACCCCUCUCUCCUAUUUAUGAUUUAUCCUGCGGUCUAAAAAUACCACCGGAAAUGUAGAACUGAAAAUUGGGUUGGCCGUUUCAGUCAGCAUUAAGAGUGAAAUAAAAAAUGGAAAAUAUAUUUUUUUUUAACCCGCCUACAUGUGAAUGAUGCAAGUUUGUAGUGUCAUCAUAACCCAGUGUAAUUACUUCUGCUCAAGGGGCAUAACAGAAUCUCAUAAAAUCCAGCAAACUUUCAUCCCAUAAUUUUCGCCUUCGAGGUGCCCUCAACCCCCGUCUCUCCCUUCUCUGCCCAGCAACAUCGUCAACAGCCGGGGUAAAGCGAAAAAAAAAAUAAAAUGCCAGGAAAAAAGUGUUGUAGUUUUUUAAGUAGAGGACGCAAUCUACAGCGUACAAAUGAAAAAUAUCGAAUUAUCUUCAAGGCAAUUUUCUUCCUCAAUGAAAUACUUAUCUCUCCCUCGGGAGAUCGUUCAAGUGGCGGGAAAAUGAAAAAUACCGGAGAGGAGGGAAAUUUUUUUUUUUUUCCACCAAAGGAAACUAUCAGGAACCUCUUGAACCUGUUCAUCGUGUUGCUUUGCGAUUACACGUUUGAGUACACUAUUUGCAUUUUUUUUUCCUUUUUCUUUCAUCGUUUUUACCUUAAAUUCGGGGAAUAAGGAAUUAAAGUCUGUGCGCAUCGCCCUUACCUUCGUUUCGGGUUAUGCACUCGUUUACUUUCGACCCGUUGGUAUCAUGCAAACAGUUACAGCUCUGGCACCCAACUACAUCCGGUAAAAUUACAUUUCCAAUUCAUGAAAUGUCAGUUGUAUGAUGGGCGAGAGUGGCCCCAUACCACAGGUAGCUCUAAAAACCUUAUAUGCUGGGCGGCAGGGGGGGGGGAGGGAGGGGGUAUAAGCAUGUGUGGAUCGAGGAACAACACGGGUGAUGGUGUUGAGUCGGUGGAAGCCAGUGAAGUUAGUAUACGCAGAGAGAAAAGUCGGAAUUUUCGGGGAAAAGUUGCGGAAUAUUUUCGACAAUUUUUACUACCGGUUCGUAUAUCAUAUUUUUCCCGCCAAUACUCAUUACUCAGUAGUUAAUCACACGUUCAUGGAAAAUUAAACUUAAUAAUCGAUGAUGAUUACACAAUUUUGUAGACGAGG